GUAUAGUUUGACCGGUCAAGUAAUUUACACUAUCAUUUUUGGCGCCGACCGUGGGACCGUUAAGGUUUCUUCUCUUCUAAACACAAACCUACCCACAAAAACACCACUCAAAAUGUCUUCCAGCCAGCAAAUCAACGCUACCUCUGCUCAGGUGCAAGCCACCACUGGGGGUACCAGCGUCCCCAUGGUUGCUACCCUGCCAGCCGUUUCAACUCCGGUUUUGCCGUUGGGACUAAGCUCGGUCCCAACACCCAGCAUGGUAAGCCCAUUCACGACCCCCGUCCCUUCCGCUGGAUCGAGGGUCAGUUUCCCACCAAGCAUGACUCAGUUCAUGAAUGACCCAGCUAACCUGCAGGCCAUCCAAGGCUUUGGCCAGGUCAUGGCUAUGUGCCAACAAAAUGGGGGGAUGCAUUUCAUCCCUGGUAUGUUCUCGUUCGCUCUUCCAGGCACGGGAACCAUGCCCCUACAAGCUCCGAUGGCAGUGACGCCGUUUCAGACGCCGAUUCCACAGCCAUCACCUUUCCAGCCGCAGCUAGUCAGCGCUGUGGCCCCCAUCAACUUGGCAGGUGCGCUUAACGCCGCGGGACCGUUGCGUCCCCCGCAAGGUAUGAACCCGCUAGUCACUCCGGAUGGUCACUGCGUCUCAGUCGAAAGCGGAGACGACGAGUGGGACAUUCCAAGGACCCACAAGAAGAAAAAGGGAAAGACCAUACGCCCUGCAACUUCCCGAAACUCCGCCUUCGAAAGGCUGGGGGAUAGGGAAGAGGGCCAGAGAAAGUCAGCCAAGCUGAGGCUGGGGCAAAGCGUUGCCCAUGUCAGCGCGUUUGCCCGGUUAGGUGAGAUGAGGGAGGCCGAGCCUGCCCGCACCCAACGCUCCCGGUCAAAUCGGCAGGAGCCAGCCAGGACGAGGGCCUCUCGUCAGGAGGAGGAAGCAGAAAGCCAGCCCAGGGUACCGGUAGCUAACCGGUUAACCAUCCCCAACGACCGCGUCCAACAGAUGGAGGCGAAGUUGGAGAGGCUGGAGAAGAAAGUCGGGGAGAAGAGUGACCGGGACAAACCCCUUGCAGGAUCCCCGUUCACCGCAAGGGACCAUCUAACACCUUUCCCGCGAAAGGUUAAGAUAGAUGCCCCAAGGUUCACCGGUAAGGAGGACCCAGAAAUCCACCUGGACUCCUUCAAUCAGAGUGCAACCAUGAACGGUUGCACAGAUGAAGAAAAGUGCCUCCUUUUCUUCCAGACCUUGCGGAAUCGGGCCACCGAGUGGUUCAACAAGCUUCGCCCGGGAAGCAUUGACUCAUUCAGCGACUUGGCCUCGAAGUUCAAGGCCAAGUUCCAGGAGAACUGUACCAAGAGGAAGAAAUUCACCUAUCUUAGUACAGCCGGGCAGAGGGAAUCUGAGAACCUCACCCAAUUCCUUACCCGGUGGAAGGAGGAGGUAGACAAGGUUGAGGAGAUGGAUGACAAGACAGUGUUGUCCCUCCUCCUGAGUGGUUUGCGAGCUGGGGAACUUUACAAGGAGUUCUGCCGGAAACCCCCGGCCACGUAUCAGGAGGCGUACCAUACUGCAUGGGAGUUCGCCGAGGCUGAGACUCAACUCCGGGCGAAGAAAGAAGCCGAGCAUGGUUACAAGCCCAAGCCGGUGCAAGUCAAAAAGGAAGAAGCGCCGGUAACCAGCCGGCCAAGGCACCAUUAUGACCCGGUCAUCCGAAUGGUCAACACAGAAGAGUGCCAGGAGGAGAAGAGUCAUCAAUGGGUUAGGCCAUCUAUCCCGGAGAAUGACCGGGACGACGACCGGCGGAGGAAUAACCGGCCGAAGGAGCGGCAACCUGCCCCUGAAAAGGAACACAUCGGCAUGAUCUUCGGCGGACCUGAGGGUGGAGACUCAGCCGUGCAACGGAAGAACUGGGUUCGCAGCAUUUACGUCGGUGAGGUGAGUACCGAACCGGCCAGGUGUAAGUAUCCCAGGAGGGAGCCAAUAGUCUUCACUGACCGGGACCUCCCUCCUACCGGUGAAGAUCACAAUGAUCCAUUGGUCAUCACCAUGGACAUCAACGGGGUGGACGUCGCCCGGGUACUUGUUGACACCGGCAGCAGUGUCAACAUCCUAUACCUGGAGACUUUCCAAAAACUCAGGUUGUGUCGGACACAACUUGAACCCCUCAAAACUCCUCUCUCAGGUUUCACGGGAGACACAGUGGAAGCUGAGGGGUCCAUAGUUCUACCGGUCGAACUAGGAUCGGGCGAAAAGACCGUGUGGAAGAAAAUGCGGUUCAUCGUUGUGGACAUCAAAUGCGUCCACAACGCCAUCCUUGGAAGGCCUGGCAUCAACAAGGUUGGGGCGGUGAUUUCCAUGCCUCACCUAUGCAUGAGGUUCCACACUCCGGGCGGUGUGGGAGAACGCAUCAUCUUGUUGGGGUAUUACUGGCCAACAAUUGUCCAGGAUUGCGAGAGGUACGUCCAGAAGUGCAGAACGUGCCAAGUGUUCUACAAGUACCCCGGUAGGCCGGCGACCUACUAUCACCCCGUAUCAAACGUCAUCCCUUUCGCUAGAUUCGGGGUGGAUAUCAUUGGGGCAUUCCCAAUCGCCCAAGGAAGGAAGAAAUUUGUAAUCGUGGCCAUCGAUUACUUCACCAAAUGGAUCGAAGCCGAGGCGUUGGCCAAUAUCACCACGCAGCAAUGCAAGAAGUUCAUUUGGAAGAACAUCAUCACGAGGUUUGGGGCUCCCAUGAACCUAAUUACCGAAAACGGUCCACAAUUCCGAAAUCCAAGAUUCACCGAAUACUUGGAGGGCUUCGGAAUCAAGCACAAUCGCUCUUCGGUGGCGUACCCCCAAGGAAAUGGCCAAGUUGAAAACGCCAACCGAACAAUUGUGGAUGGCCUAAAGAAACGGCUGGGAGAAGCAGGAAACAAGUGGCUCGAAGAACUUCCCCACAUCAUAUGGGCAUUCCGAGUAACGCCCAGGAGGGCUCAUGGGGAGACUCCGUUCUCCCUAACUUAUGGGUGUGAAGCAAGGCUGCCCAUUGAAGCUGAAUUCCCAACGUUUCGGGAAUCAAAUUAUCAGCCCCAGCAAAAUGAAGAAGACCACUUGGCCGAACUCAACUUGGUCGAAGAGCGGAGAAUGGCCGCGGAAGUUAAAAUGAGCACAUAUCAACAAGUCGUGAAGAAGUACCAUGACAACAAGGUUGGAUCGCGAUACUUUCAAGUCGGCGAUGAAGUCCUGCGAAGAAGGGAGGCUAGUAGACCGGGAGACGGAGGAAAGCUGGCCAAAAACUGGGAAGGACCCUACCGGGUGAGAGUUAUCAUUCGCCCGGGAACCUACCGGUUAGAAACUCUUGAUGGUGUACUGGUAGAAAGAACCUGGAAUUCCCAUCAUCUUCGCAAGUUCUACAAAUGAUUGUAAUACUAGGCAAGGCCUACUUUAUUAUCAAUCAAACCAAUGACAUUCAAAACUCUACAUGGUAGCAGCAGAGUUGAUAGGUCGAACCUAUCCUAGGAGGGCUUCCCGGGUGGAUCGGAUCCACUCGGAUAAGCCAACUGAGACACAGGCCCGGACCUGGCACGCUGGUUACUACACCGG